AAGCACAGAAAUAUGGGACGUCUUCCUUAUGGACCAGGAAAUGCCCACAUUUUACAAAGUAAGGGUGCUGAUGUUGGGGUCAUGAAAUUCUACUGUACAGAAUAUUCAACCCAUUAUGGUAAAGAAGGUUUCAUUCCCCGGACUGGUCGUCAUUCAGGCACUGGAUAUCAGUCUAAUUUUAGACCAGGAGUGUAUUACAGUCGGCGCCUUGAUGAACUUGAUAACCCAGCCAUGGGGUAAGUUGAACAUGAUACAUGCAGGAUUUUAUUUAUAUUAGCUAGCCAGAGCUUUCUAAAUGAAGUUUUAUGAAAGUUCAACAAACCAACAAUUCCACUGUGUAAUACUUGGUUCAGAUGAACAGGCCCAUUUUAGAAAUAAGAACUAGACCAGCUUAGCAGACAGAACCUUCUUUUCAAAGGAAAGAUUGCACUGUAUGAUUCAAGGUGAAUUAAUUUUAAAAAUAAAAAUAUGUACAUGUCCAUAAAGGCUCAAUAAUCAAUUUAACAAAUAAAUUCCAUGUUCCCAUGUGUCUCUUCAGUAACAGAGAGUAACAGUUAAGACAAAAAAAGAGGCACACAUGGUGCAGCCAAGUGUGCCACUGAGUUUGUUGUGACAUUUUCUGUGGUCUACUACAGUACAGACCCACAGCAAAAUGAACUGUACAUGUACAUGUAUUUUUUAUCUGAUAAAAUAGCAUUGUUGUUUAACCCUUUAACUCCUGGAAGUGAUUAACAAGUAACCUCUCCCUACAAUAUCCAUGCACUAUCCAGAAAACAGGUAAUGAGAAUACUCAAAUGUAUCAAGUAGAAGUUGUUAUCUUGACCUAACUCCAAAGUAUCGUAACUUAUUUGCAAGGAAAUGUGUAGCAGCCAAAGGGAAGAAUUAACACUCAGAUCUUGGGAGUUAAAGGUUAAUGGUGAUGUCAUCUAGAAGUAUGCAUCUGUCGUUCAAUAGAACAUCAAUGAGAACCAAUCAAAAUGCAUGCAUAAUGGAGCUUAUCAUAUAAUGUCACAGAGACCAUCCAGCUACAAAAUGUACAUGUAUACAACAUCACUGCAAUAUUUGUCAUUAUUUGAAUUGAUUAAUAAUUUUUUUCCAUGACAGACGUCUCCUGACAGACAACUAUACAUCCAUAACCAAGAAACACUUUUUGCCGUCCAAAGGAUCAGGUGGCUCUGAUCCUUUUUCCAGAGGGCUCUACAUGACAGCAACAAGUGGAUUUGUGAAGGAUAUUCCUGUCACUAUUCCAAGAUCAAGACAGGUCAGCUAGUGUUGCAAUUCAGUCUUGCUGUUAAUUACAGCAUAGGUUUAGUGACAGUUCCCAUUGUCCCAUCCUCCCCUCUACCCAAGAGGCCCUUUGGUGAGAAGGAGACGCUGUUUCCUCUUUCUCACUACACGUAAGUGGGUACCAAUCAGGGAGUUUAGGUGGAGAGACAUCUGCAUGUCUAAAUUAUUAUGUCACAAAAAAAAUUUCUCACUGAGGCCCCUGAUAAAAGAAAGUAAUACCUAGAGAAAUGGUAAAAAAUAGCCCCCAGUACCCUUUUCUGCUAGUUACAAGGUACAUGAACACUUCUUACUUCUUCUUUUACUCGCUUAUCUACAUUUCCUAACUCAGUUACUUCACUCCUUUUGGCUCUUCUUUCUAUGUUGAAGUUUAUAAAUGGUUGAUGACUAACUGCUGUUAAAACCUACAUAUGAAUAUUUUGGAAAUAGAAAAGUGACUUCAGGCAUGAAAACUUGGAUCUACACACUCUUUCCUUGUAAAUGGCUGAACAAUGAAGGUUACUUUUAACAGACAUCUUUAAGAAUGGCCUUUGAUUUUUCAUAAAUUCAUGCAAUAGGUGAGUGAUGUACACAUUGACACCAGGGCAAAAGGAACAGUUUAUCCAUUUCACCGUCCCCUGCUGCACACUCUGAAACAAAAGGAUCCUAUCUCCAGAGAAAAUGCUUUCCAUGUAAGUUGAUAAUUAAAAUGUAUACCAACUAGGCCUACAUUGCUACACAUAACAAGAACAGCUUGGCAAAUUUUACAAAAAAAAAAAAGGGUUUUGAGAUCAUAUUUUGACGUUAAAUAGUAAACUUGUCCUAACCUCUUCAUCAAUUUCUUUUCUUCAGGGACCAAGCUACAUGUCAACUGAAAGCCAUACAAGUUUCCUUGGAAAACCCAGUCAGAGAAGUGUGUACCACUUUUCUUCUAGGAGCAAAGUUUUAAUCUUACUUAAAAUCUUCACAAAGCUAGCAUCUUCAACAAACUUUUGUUGAGACAUUUUGCAUCAUUAUUGCUACUUAUUUACAAUGUACUGGUAUAAAAUGUAUCUUUUGUUGCUUCUCCUCCUCCACCUACAUGUACAAUGUACCUUUUUCCUUCCAGUCAGUGUUCAUGAUUUGGUCUGUAUUAUGAUCAUGUUUAUGUGAUAUGUAGUUACCACAAGGUACAAUUUGGCAUUAUUUUCUAUUAAGAGACUCCUAGCAUCUUAGCAUAAUUAUGUAAAGUUCAUAUAGGGUUACAUGAAGACCAGGCUGUGUCAUUAUGAAAUGUUACUUUUUCAGGGCACAAAGGGUAUUCACGUACUUACAGCAAGAGAUUUGGUAUUGUCUCUUCAAAACUGCACUUGGAGCUAUAUUAAUUCUUUAGCAAUGCAAGUAGAAUUCAGCAUUUGAUAUAAUUCUUUUGCUGGUUUUAACUGCGUGACUUCCUGUGGAGGACUUGUUAAGAUGUACACUGUACAUGUAUCAUAAACCUCUUCUGCAUACACUGCAUGUCAAUUGAUUUUCUUUUUAAACUUUAAAAUAAUGAUUCUUUUCUUUGAUUACCCCUCAGUGGACACUUCAACCAAGAGUGUGGGAUACAAAGAAGGAUCAGGCUUUACGCAUGCUUAUAAUGACGAGCCAAUCACUUUCAACCCAAUGGAGGCUCAUGAAGGAAUAAGAGAUGUUAGGCAUUUCAUAUAAAAUACUAUCACUAAUAGUACUAGAAAUGACAAAAUUACCUACAUGUUAUUGUACAAUUGUCUUUGAUCCAAUGACUAAACUAAUUGUCCCAUUUGCCAAAAAAAACAUUCAUUUAAUAAUAACUACAUUGUAUAGUUAAAAUGCAUGCUUGACCAUAGUCUGAUAGGGAUUAUUUAAAAAAAUGAACUUCAAUAAAUGUUGAGACCAUAAAACUCCAUUAAGGAUGAAAAGAUCAAUAACUAGACUGCUUUCCUUAGGAUUUUAGUCAAAAUUAUUACAGUUUGAAGUGACUAGUGUACAGUUAUUCUAUUUUCUCCUUUCUUUACAAAAUAGGAUCUUAUGCACAGCCUGCUAAUUUGACUUGACCAUCUUUACCUACUGUACAUUAUAGUUGUGCCUGAUCAUUUGGCUUAAUACCUGGUUCAAUAAUGGAAAAUACCUGUGGACCCAGGACCAGAAAUAAAGUGAUGUGUUUGGGUGAUUUUAAAUAGCUGCCCUGUGCCAACCUUGGUUGAAAUCAAAAAAUCUUAUUGCUCAGCAUGGUAAUUGGUUUAACAUUUAUUUCAGCCGCGAUGGACACACAGGCCAACAGGCUUCAGUAUUAUGAAGAAAGAUUUUCUUCCAGUUGAAUAUCUUCAUGUGAGUUAACUUUCAUGUAUUACUUAACGCAUUUGUGCAUGAUGAAAACACUAACUUCAUUCUCUAAUAGCCACCUGAGAUAAUGCUUAUCAAUUUAAAACCGUUAAAAUUCAACAUGCAGCCAUCAAGUUAGCAAAGUCCAUGCACUUCACUAGAUCUGAGUGAUAAGUUUACAUGAAAAUCCAUUUAGGAUAUUUUUUCCUCACAUUUAAGUUGCAAACAUUAAACUUCAGUCUACAAAAACAAUACUUGUGAACACGAAUGACCCCCAUAUUUCUUCCAAGCUCAUUACAGUUUGUUUGGUCAUUCUAGCCACUAAUCACCUAUUUUUAUUUCUUAUACUUUUCCUUAAACAUUGUACUUUCAAAAUAACAUUAUGGUUCUUUUCAUUACACAACUGUCCAGGGCAAUGAGAGUUUACCAGUUUUGUCUCAUGGAUCAGAACGAGGCACUGGGUUUACUCAUGGCACAAAAGCAAGGCCAGUUUUUUAUUCAAAGGUGGGACAGGUAAGAAAUUAAUCAGAAAACAAAUAAAUGCCAUUCUGGGUUGGGUAAUGUCUUUGCAUAAUUCUUCCACCAAUAAAUACGGCAAUGAAUGAAUAAAUACAUUUUUAUCAUAAGUGAAAAAAGUAGCAAUCAAAUGGAAUUCCCAUAAGGGGAAGGGUGACUAUCAGAAAACCAUGGGGGGGGGUUGGAUAUUAGUCCCUUACAUUGUUAAUCUGCAAUUCUCUUCAUAAUUCUUGAAAAACACUCCCAAAUUUGAACUUUAUAUUCCAUCUCCCCCCUACCUCCUUUCAAUUUUAGAAACUUCUAGCACUUGCACGUGAUAUAAUUCAACAUAAAGCAAAGUGGGUUUUGUCAAGAUUUAUAAAUUGAUGAGGGUCAGGGGUUUCACUAGCAGCCAGGUACUUACAAUGCUGGCCACGCCAGGUACACAAAUGUCAUGAUCAUACAUCCUAAGUAAUACACAAGUUAUUCUCUUCAAAUUGAAUCAAAUAAGCAAACUUCGAGGCACGAUAUGAAUUGGAAUAGAACUCAAAAUUUCGGAAAAUGCCACUUCCAAAUUCCUCAGGGUAGCCGGAAUGAAAGGCUCUCUUGGUCUUCAAACCUUCCUACAUGUACGGCCGCCCUGGCCUACUUUUGACCACCCAUUUAAACCAUAUGUUAUUGAAACAACUGAAGGAGGUAGCUCGGACCAUUUCUACUCAACAAAUUUCUCCUUUGGAGGUGGUUGUAAUGUAUUUUUUUUAUGAAAAAAUCCAUCUUACAGCAAAAAUUCACAUCAAGUCCACAUCCAUUAGCAAGAUCAGAGGGUUUUAGACACUUUAAGGGUUAAAUCAUGUCACUAACAUCCAUAUACAUGUAUUCAAACUAAAAUGACCUCAGUGUACUCACAAUAGUUGUUCACUGAUCCAUUCUACGUCCUCCUUUUCAGGAUUACACAAAGCUUGGCGACCUUCACCCUCGGGACCAAGAGCGAGUGAAGAAGAUGGAUCCAGCUGAGUAUUCUAACAUGGUUAACCCUCAUGCUUUCGCCAGGUAUCAAAUAUUUUAAAAUUUCUUCGGAUAUUCUUGGUUUAUCAUCGAAAUGUCUGUGCACCAAAAGAAAAAUCGCAGAUAUACAGCUGACGUAUUUUUCGGCCGCGUCCGCCAUGUUAUACCUUUCUGAGGAGAUUGGGGACUAAAAUUUGGUUUACGCGCUUUGGCGCGAAUAAAAAAAGCGCAAAGGGUUUCCCACUUGUAGCCCAUUCGCACCAAUAUACAAAGUUAAAACAUGUUUUAAAGGUAUUUUGUCAAACACGGUUUAACCUUUUUUUCUUCAGAGAAGCUACUUAAACUUUUUUUUUUGUCUUCAAAUGUAGCACAUUGAAACUACAUGCAAGUGGUUACUUGAGUCCUUGAGUCCUCGAGAAAAUUCAGUUUUCCAGGCUUUUAUUCAUUCAAACCCGGUUUACUAAACAUGUUUUGCUGGUGUGAGUGGGCUGUGAGAGUUUGUUUUCAAACAGAAAAAGUAUGGAAUACAUGUUGUUCCAAACUUAGAAUUUCCCUUGCAAUUCCAAACUUAGAAUCAUCCCUCCAAUAGGAUAUUGGAGAGAUGGAAAUUGAAAACUUUUUUUGUAGCUACGGUAAAUUGUAUACCUACGGUAAAUUGUAUACCUACGGUAAAUUGUAUACCUAAAAAACAACUAAAUAAAUGUUACACAUGAACACUAAAUGGGCUGCUGACAUGAUAUAUCUUGGAAAAAAAAGUGCUUGCCAUAAUUCUUUUCAAAGCUUAGAAUUUCCCUGGGAGAGUAAAAUUAAUUUCUACUUUGUCUUUGUAGUCACAUCAGACAUACUAUUAGGGAAAAGGAUCAUUGAGGCACCUGAAGAAGUGAAAAUUCUGUUUUGCCAACAUUCAGUUGCAAACACAUGGUUGCCUUAUAGUUUAUAAGUACCUCAGGGUUACUUUUAAAAAUUUAGUAAAGCUUAUUGAAAAGAGAUUUUCCAAUUGGUUCCAAAAACUAAACCCACUUUUUGUCUUUUCCUUCUUUCCCAUAGCACUGCCAAGAUUUCAUUCAAAGGCAAACAGAGAAAUGAUCCUACGGAAGCAGAGAGACUGGGUAAUACAUCCACAGGAACAAAGGUUGGUUGAAAAAUUCAAAAUUUUACUGAAAGAGAAUGGGGAGAAUUUUAACAGCGUGGAUGGUGAUAACCUUCAAAUUUUAUUUUGUAGCAAAAAAAAUUUUCAUUUAGGAUCCCAGUGCAUAUACAGAGUACUGUUUAUGUUUAAAUUACAUGAAACUCUAGCCAUACCUAAACUUGACAUGACCUCAGGAUGGACCCUUAUUUUCUCAAACUUAAAGACUUGAAUGUGUGUGGCACCAGUUUCAUUUUGAAGGAAAAUUGUGAUACUCAUAAUUUUCGGUCCAGGUGAUAUUUUGAAAUUUUAUAGUAAAAAGGACAUAUGGGAUGACUACAGUACUGCACUAGGUCCAAGGUACAGGAUAUUGGGUACCGAGGUACCCAGGGUACAGGAUAUUGGGUACCGGAUACCUAGGGUACAGGAUAUUGGGUACCGGAUACCUAGGGUACAGGAUAUUGGGUAGUGACUACCCAGAGUACAGGAUACCCAGGGCCCAGGAAUACCCUAGGGUACAGGAUAUUGGUUAUAUAUUGGUGAACACAGGAUUUUGGGUACUAUGCACUCAGGGUACAGGAUAUUGGGGUACCGGCACCCAGGGCACAGGAAACCUAGGGUACAGGAUAUUGGAUACUGGGUACCCAGGGUAUAAGAUUUUGGGUACAAAGGUACCUGGAGUCAAGGAUAUUAAGUAGCAGGUACCCAGGGUACCAGGGUAUGGGAUAUUGGGUACUCGGUACCCGGGGUAUAGCUGGAUAUUGGAUACCAGGUACCCAGACUAGAGGAUAUUAGGUACCAGGUAUCCAGGGUACAGGAUAUUGGGUACAGUACUGGGCCAUUUUGUUUCUGUUGGAGAAUGAAAUGUCAUAAUGAGAAUUUUGUUCAAAUAAAUAUGUUCACUGGGAACAAAAUUCCUUCCUCGUUACUUUGCUCUAAAUGUAACACUGAAUAUGCUAAAAAGACUGAUUUGCAAGUGGAUAACCAUGCUGAAAAAAUAGUCAACAUGGAUAAAAAUUACAGAGAAUGUUUACUAAUUUACUUAUCCCAGGAGCUGACAGGAUACAGCGAAAAUAAUGACCAGUAUUUUGAGACAGCUGAGACUACAGACUCUCUUAAGAGAUUUGAAACUCAUUAUAAUGCCAAGUAAGUAUACAUUUGACUCACGUGAACCGACAACUUUUGCGUAUAUGGGAAGAUUUUACACCUUAAGGUCUCACCCUCUAACUCCCACGCUUGUCCUUACUCUCGACCACACAUUUAUGAUUUUAGUUCGCAGAACUGAUUCAGUAGCGGAUCAACUUUGAAGACCCUAUAAGUUCUCAUCACUUGUCUGCUUGGUAUUGUAUUGAGGGAAUUUCUGUUCUGGUCACUCGUGGGAGUUAAAGGGUUAAGGGUAUACCAGAGAGGGUGACGAAUUUUAGGAAUGUAUGCAUGUAUAACCCAUAGGUUAAAAAAUAAAAGGAAAAAUAGAAGAGAAAAGAAAAAAGGUUCUCAUAAAAGAACAAAUACACGUAAACCUAUAACUUGAAUGCAAGUAAAAUACAUAAAUUUCACUCCACGUCUGAUGAUAAGUCCUUCUUUUGCAAACGUUUAGGCCAAGUUUACAAUGAAGGGGCCUUAUCACAAGCUUUUAACUGAGAUCUAAGGACUUGUCAGAUUAUUUUAUCGCAUGGAAUUACAUGUAAUCUAUUUUUACCAAAGGUCUGUGGUACACAUGCACCAAGGCACAUCCCUCUCUUCGCCACGCCCUGUUUAAGUUGCUUUCACUUCAGCUAUAUUCUUCAUACUUAGCACGGAUUUUCGAGUAUAACUUUCGUUCAUUUUAUCUUUAGACAUGACAUUUUUUUAAGCCUCGGACCCAUUUUUUUUACCGCUUUCUCUCAGGCAUUAUGACAUGAAUCCACGGGGCGAGGACCGCUUGGGGACAACUGACGGCAACGUGAUGAUUCAGCUACCAAAUGGCUUCACCAAAGGAACCAGCGUCCACACACUGGGACCUGAUGUUAACACUACAGCUGAGCUCCGCUGGCACAAGCCCUAUGUUUCUAGGUAUUUUCCUCUUAAAGUAUUUUAUUUUAUAGUCCUGCUGUUACUUGUACUCGUAGCUACGCAGCGCAAGGAGGUCUUCACUCAAGAUAACCUUCUAAUGGCUUUUGCCUCAUUACUCGACUAUUUACAGUGGGUUUGCUUCCUUUUAUCUUAAAAACCCGCUUUAUUUCCCCUGCCGAGACCUUUAUGAGAGAAAGAGAGAUGUGACCAGAGGAAGUUUGUGUUAAUGGCUCUGUUCUAGUUUUGACACGUCAUACUAAGAAACGUAUUUGAUUGCCAUUUUGUUGAAUCCUAUUUUUUUUAGGAGUAUAAAGGCCAGAGAUCCCUAUUACGACGACCAUACGCAUGACGCAAAAUUGCGUACCGCUGUGCCAAUAACUGCUUGA